GCUGUCGCCUAUUUGCUAUUUUGGCAGUCGGCACAGGUCCAAUCGCUGCCUCCAAUCAGCUGUGUUGGCAGUUGACGGUACAACAGCAUCAUCGACCAUUUUCGAGAAGCCUUGGUUGUAGGUACCAGGAGUAGAACAAAUGACAAGGCGGAGGCUAUCACCCACCAAGAUAAGUCUGAUCACUCCAUUAUCAAUCCAAUGAGUCCUCCUCCUGGUCACUCCUACUCAGCCGCCCCUCGACCGCGGGUGAAUGCAGGGGUCGAGCCUCAGCCGCAUCGAAUUCAGCAACAGCUGACGGUAGAAACCCUAGAACAACCACAACCGCAACAGCACAAUACCAUGUCACAUCCUCCUCACCACCACGGUUCCUCCUCUCUCCAGUCUCCCUCUCAUGAUGGUGCCAGUGCACAACAGCCGCACCACGACGACGAUGCCGACCAUACCACCCAAGGUUUACCCUCGGAAAAUCAACUAGUCUUGCUCUGUUUGGAUUAUCUUCGAGAUUUGCGACGUGCGUAUCCCGAGGAUGAUCUGAGAGAAUUGGAGGGUAUGAAUGCUGAUUAUCUAAGUGUGGCAGUGUACGCUUUGAGCAGAUGCUUUACCCGCCCUGACACCUUGGUGGAAGACAACGAUUGCAUGAUGGAUCCAUUGAAACAACCGCCUCUGUCCCCCCGCCAUCAAGGGUCCAAAAAACUCACCACCAAUGGCAAUGGUAGUCUUGUCAUGCCGAGCAUGGCUGUCAUCAACCACGAAAUUCUCUAUGAGGAAAAUCCUAACAUGGCAGAGGAUGACGAGGAUCAAAAGAAGGACGACACUGAUGAAGCGGAUCCGUACACAUGGUAUGAUUAUGAUGACAUGCAUCCAUCCAAUGUUCAUCGGUUUUUCCCCUUGGCAGGUUUGGCCAGUGGUCCCAGUCUCAGAGGGCCUUUGACUCUGGGAGAACUCACAGCUGCUGGUCUUGCAGGUCUAGGAGCCCGUAGUCGACUGGAUGCCGAGAAGGACAUGAUCCAAAGUCCUCUCUUUGAACAGUUUGUUCAGGCUGUCAAGUCAAAGGGAUUCUUCAUGGACCCAGAUAAUGAUACUCCAUUGGUUGACCCGGAAGAGGAGCGCCAGAGGGUUAUCCGACAGCAGAAAAACUAUGAUGAGCGCUUCCGGAAGGUGGUGGCAAAAUUCCGAACCAAGCUUGCUGUCAAGGCAGAAGCUCCGGCCAAACCAGGGACACCCCUUAGCGCGAGUAGCACAGGAACAAGUCCCAUGCGGUCGGCAAAUUGGUUGGCAUUGACCUCCGCUGAUCGUCAGAGACGUCGUCGCGAACAUGCAUUGGAACAAUCGCGCUGGAGGAAAAAUGGAGCCCCCCCGACACCCAAUCGUCUCGCAUAUAGUCCUCGAGGAGGAGGAAAAGGCUUUGGCGUCACGACGCCGGAACGUGCCACUGACGGGGGACAAGAAUGCUCCACGCCUCGAUCGCAAUUGGACCAUCCCGUGGAUCUGGAACAAGCAGAGCGAGCCAAGGCCGAAGGAAAUGUAUACAUGCAGAAGAAACUAUAUCCUCAAGCCGUGCAAAGUUACACGCAAGCAUUGAAAAUCAGCCCCAAUGGUCCUCAUAGUCAUGUCUAUUUCUCCAACCGUGCUGCCGCCCUCUUGAGCAUGAAAAAGUUUGGCGAAGCUAUCUUGGAUUCCGAGCGCUCCUUGGCCCUCAAACCGGACUACGGCAAAGCCCACGCCCGAUUGGGACUGGCCCACUUUUUGAGCGGAAGCUACCGACAAGCCAUGGAAGCCUACACCGUGUCGCUCAAAUACGACCCCAACAAUGCCAGCAGCAAAUCCUACCUAGAAAAGGCCGCUAAGCGAUUGGCAGAAGGAGGCUCGUCCAGUCAUCAAGGGCCCAUUCAAAGUUCUUUUAGCUUGGUCAGUGAAUGGGAGUCCAGUCAACGACAACAUCACCAUCAACAACAACCAUCAUCUUCUUCCUCUCUUCCAACUUCCCAUCAGCAUCAAGGCGGAGGAGGUUCCGUCACUUCCGCUUCCCAUCCAGACGGUGAUGAUCGAUCAAAACAAGAACUACAACGAGACGCAGAAAAGUUCAAGGCAAAGGGCAAUGCUUUCAUGGCUCACAGGGAAUACACGUUGGCUUUGGAGGCAUACACAUCGGCCAUUCAGUGCUCUCCCAAUGGACCGCAGUCCCAUGUGUACUAUUCGAACCGAGCAGCUGCUCUCUGUUAUCUGGAGCGCUACCGGGACGCCAUUGCCGAUUCCGAAAAGAGCUUGGAGCUGAGUCCAACUUAUGGAAAGGCUCACGCAAGGUUGGGUCUUAGUCGCUUCUUCCUGCAAGACUAUGCUGGAGCUGUUGCCGCAUACACCGCGGCGCUGCAGCAUGAUCCUGACAACGCUGCAUCCAAGUCGUACUUGGCCAAAGCAAAGGCCAAGUUGGAAGGACGAAGCAGUCGCCCCAGCAGUCGCACUUCCUCCCCCGCCCCAUCGAUGUCUAGUCGUCGACGUCCACCUUCCACUUCAAACUAGUAAAAUGAACUCAAUCAAGUCAUAAUAAUAAACCCUCCAAUCCUCACAAGAAUAGAGAAGACAACGAGGCGGGGGGCCCAAAGAAGCGUCCAACACUUCCCUUUUCAACUCUUCCUCUGCGGGAACUUCACAAAACUGUACCGGACUCGAGUGAGGGUCGUGUCAGACAGAGCAUUGGUAGAAAGACACAGCUCUACCACUAGCACUAGUAGGCAACAACUACCACAAGUAUUCUAGCUAUUUAUUCCAUACUUGCCACAGUAAUGAGAGCAGUACAUGUAAAAUCCCUCCUUUUUUCUACUAGACUACGGUACGUGCUACUAUGCAUAGAGUUG